UACCCCCCAGGUCCCCUCCACUCGCCCAGCACACCCUCACCUCCACGCACACUCCUUACACACACACACACUCAUACACACACACGCUGAGAGAGAGUGGAGGGGUGAGAACUGCUGAAGGUGAAGGACGAGAGAAACAGGUGGAGAGAUGUCAGAUCAGCAGGGAGUACCAGAUCAGCAAGUCGCUGGGAAGAGCCAAGGAGGAGCAGGAGCGGUUUACAAGGCCUCACUGUUUGAAUUCGAGAACUUCCGUGGAAAAAAGGUCGAGCUGUCAGCAGAAUGCAAGGACUUGAUUGAGAAGAACUUGGAAAAAGUUGGAUCAAUCAUAGUUGAGUCUUGCCCAUGGGUCGCCUUUGAGCAGAAGGGCUUUCUGGGAGAGCAGUUUGUUUUGGAGAAGGGAGAAUAUCCUCGCUGGUCCUCCUGGACCAACAGCCAGAGCAGCUACUGCCUCCUGUCCAUGAGACCUCUGAGAGUGGACAGCGCCGACCACAAACUACAUCUGUUCGAGAACUGCAGCUUUGCCGGGAGAAAGAUGGAAAUCGUGGAUGAUGACAUUCCCAGCUUGUGGGUUCACGGCUUCCAGGACCAUGUGGCCAGUGCCAAAGCUGUCAACGGAACGUGGGUGGGCUACAUGUACCCUGGCUACCGUGGGUAUCAGUUCGUGUUUGAACAUGGCGAAUACAAACACUGGAACGACUGGGGAGCCACAGAACCACAGCUGCAGUCCAUCCGGCGUGUGCGUGACAUGCAGUGGCACAAACGGGGCUGCUUCACCGUCCCCGUCCCCGACCCCGACCCGGCUCCCUCUGCCCUGCACCUGCUCAGAGGAGCAUGAAGAAAGCUCGAAAGCAAAAGUGACUGCCUUGCCUCUUGUGUGUCUAUCAUUGGAAAUAAAGGCCUCGGCCCCAUGCUUUGAUCUCUGA